GGUUUGAGACCUGGUGGGGCUCCCAUGCCUAAUUUCUUCGUACCGAUGGUUCAGCAAGGCCAGCAGGGUCAGCGUCCUGGUGGAAGAAGAGCUGGGUCUGUUCAGCAAAACCAGCAACCAGCUCCUUUAAUGCAGCACUAGAUGCUACCCCGAGGGUGGGCCUAUCGCUAUCCACCAGGGCUUGGUCUACCUGAUGUUUCAAUGCCUAAUGUUGCUGGAGGCAUGCUUUCUGUUCCAUAUGAUACGAGUGGCAUGCCAAUGCGUGAUGCACCACUUUCUCAGCCAAUUCCGCUUGGUGAUUUGACCUCAGUUCUUGCAAAUGAUACUCCAGAUCAGCAAAGAACGAUGCUGGGGGAGAAUCUCUAUCCACUGGUUGAGCAGCUGGAGCCCGAUGCAGCGGCUAAAGUAACCGGGAUGCUUCUGGAGAUGGAUAAGACCGAGGUUUUGCACUUGCUCGAGUCACCCGAAGCUCUAAAAGCCAAAGUUGCAGAAGCAAUGGAGGUUCUGAGGACCGUAGCUCAGCAGCAGGCCGGUGGUGCUGCCAAUCAACUAGCUUCACUAUCAUUAAACGACAACCUUGUCCCUUGAGUCUGAAUGAAGUUCGGUUGACUAGGGGGCGAUUAGCUGGCUUUGAUUUACA